AUCCAUGUUCCCAUGCCCAACGUUAAAGGGUAAAUACGUCAUUUCACUACUUCCCGGGAAAAAGUCCGUAUUUCCCGUUCAUCGUCGUCGCCAUCCCUCAUCACCACCAAAAAAAAAAAAUUAAGAAAUUAAAACCCUAAGCGUUUGUGGUUGAGCGAAGUAAAGAUUCACGAGGUUUCAGAUUUCAACCCACUUUUGGUAUUCAGUCUCUAUCUCACUUCACCAACCAAAAUCAACUCUCAAUCCCCUCCCCAAUCCAUGUGAUCGGUAUCUUGCCACGUUGUUCGACGUUCAACUGUUUGAUUGUGAUGAUCUCCUCCUGAUCAGAUGAAAAUCGACUAGUUAUUUCUGUGAAUGAUUACCACGUGGCUGGAGGACUUUUGAUUUGGGUUUUUAGGGUUUUGAUUGCUGUGGAAGAAUAAGAUGGAUCGAUCGGCACUUACGAUGGGUCCAGGUAUGGAUAUGCCGAUUAUGCAUGAUAGUGAUCGAUAUGAGCUUGUACGAGACAUUGGUUCAGGUAAUUUUGGCGUCGCGAGGUUGAUGAGGGAUAAACUGACUAACGAGCUUGUUGCAGUCAAGUAUAUCGAGAGAGGUGAGAAGAUAGACGAAAAUGUGCAAAGGGAAAUUAUCAACCACAGAUCACUCAGGCACCCCAACAUUGUUAGAUUCAAAGAGGUCAUUUUGACACCAACUCAUCUUGCUAUUGUAAUGGAAUAUGCAUCUGGUGGAGAAUUGUUUGAGCGCAUAUGUAAUGCUGGGAGGUUUCCAGAAGAUGAGGCGCGAUUCUUUUUCCAGCAGCUCGUUUCAGGAGUGGGUUAUUGUCAUAAUAUGCAAGUAUGUCAUCGCGACUUGAAACUGGAAAACACACUUUUAGAUGGCAGCCAAGCUCCCAGGCUCAAAAUUUGUGAUUUCGGAUAUUCCAAGUCAUCUGUUCUGCAUUCACAACCGAAAUCAACGGUUGGAACACCUGCAUAUAUUGCUCCUGAAGUCUUACUAAAGAAAGAAUAUGAUGGCAAGAUGGCAGAUGUGUGGUCAUGUGGUGUAACAUUAUAUGUAAUGCUUGUGGGAGCUUACCCUUUUGAAGACCCCGAAGAACCUAAGAAUUUUCGCAAGACAAUACAGCGAAUUCUUAACGUUCAGUACUCGAUUCCAGCCUAUGUUCAUAUUUCCACUGGAUGCCGCCAUUUGAUCUCCAGAAUCUUUGUAGCUGAACCUUCUAAGAGAAUAACGAUGGAUGAGAUUAGAAACCAUGAAUGGUUUAUGAGGAACCUUCCGGGAGACCUUAUGAAUGAUAAUGCAAUAGAUCAAUUUGGAGGGCCGGAGCAACCCACACAAAGUGUUGAUGAAAUUAUGCAGAUAAUAGCGGAAGCUACAAUUCCCCCAGCUGGGGCCCACAACCUCAACCAGUAUCUGACUGGCAGCCUGGACAUCGAUGAUGACAUGGACGAGGAUCUUGAAAGUGAUCCGGAUCUUGAUAUUGACAGCAGUGGGGAGAUUGUAUACGCCAUGUAAGAUUAUAGAUACUUUCAUAAUCCUUGUAAUUUAUCAUCAUCAUCAUCAUAUACCACGAAAGACGGGGUUUUAUCGUGUUUGGUCAACGUAUUGUUGUGAAACAUAUGAUUGUUGUAUUGUAUGUUUUUGCCCAGUUAAUCGGCAUAUAUGUACUCAUAAAAAGAUUGUAAAUUGUUGUAUGACAGAUUUACACUUGCUUUGUUUGUAAAAAGUUACAUCUUAAUGUGGAAAGUCUUGUUUUCUUGA